CUCAGUUGCUUCGCGCACCACGACGAAGAAGAGGCCGCCGAGCUUGUCAUCGGACAACCUUUUGACCAAAAGAAGAACGUCGUUGUCGUUGAGGACGGCGUUCUCAAGGUCACACCAGGUCCGAUCUGA